GCAUUCCGGAUAACAGGUCCCAUACCUGUAUAUAUUUGUGAAUAUGUUGUUAUAUUAAAUAGAAAGAACAGAAUUGAAAGGAAUUAGUUUAACCAUCACCGCCUAUAAGGCCAUAGGGCUCAUCUGGUAAAGAAGAAGAGGAGGAAGAGGAGGAGGAGGGGGGUUAUUUUUCCAGGAGAACUUGCUGCUGCUGCUAAUGAUGCGAUAACCUAUCAUUUUCUAUAAAGUGUUCACCCUACGGUGCUGACAGCAGAGCUUCCCCGGCUCAUUCUCCCUUUCUCUCCCCAUUUCGUUGGAUGCUCUUUACAGAAGGCUGAGGAUUUAAAGCAGCAGAGCAACAACAUUGUGAUGUCAGCCCUGCCUAAAAUAGAUAGGGAUAGAGUGCAAAUCCACAGCUAGAAUACUAAAACCCUUCCCAAUCCUCGGCUCUAGCCGGCAGCAGGUCAGCGCGGAGCUCUGUGCGAGGCAAGAAAGCAAGAAAUCAAAGGGGAGAGAGAAAAAAAAGGAAGUCCCAAAAAAACCCAAGAGUUCCACCUCCUUGUGCCUCGGGUGCAGUCUCCACCAGAGGUGGCAGUGGAAACCUUCAAGUCAUUUCAGGUCUGGAUGCUGUGGAAACAUCAAAGUUGAGUCAGGUGUAACACUGUUUACAGUCGUUCUGUCCCUCAGUCCCUUUUUUGGGGGUUUUCUUUGGGGAAGUGUGUGGAUUACAGGAGGCAGUUUAUGCCACGGCUGAAGGAGCAUCUCAGGCAUCUCUUGAACUGAGCCGUUCUAUAGACCUUCUGAAAAAGAGACAGCACCUUGGAGAACCAUGGCAUCAACAGACGGUGCCAACAACACGCCCAAGCAAGUGGAGGUACGAAUGCACGAAAGCCAUUUGGUAACAGAGGAGACACGCCCACGGUCGCCGUGCCUGCGAAUAUGCGACAAAAUUCGAGGGAACCUCCUGCUUUCCUUGACAGUAUUUGGUGUUAUUAUGGGAGCUGUGUCCGGGGGGCUGCUGCGGAUGGCCUCCCCCAUUCAUCCUGAUAUCGUCAUGGUGAUAGCAUUUCCAGGAGACAUUCUCAUGAGGAUGCUGAAGAUGCUGAUCCUUCCCUUAAUCAUUUCCAGCUUAAUUACAGGACUUGCAGGCUUGGAUGCUAAGUCAAGUGGCCGGCUUGGGACAAGAGCUAUGAUCUACUACAUGUCCACUACCAUCAUUGCUGCUAUUUUGGGCGUUAUUUUGGUUUUGGCCAUUCACCCGGGAGACCCCAAGCUCAAAAAGCAACUUGGGAAGGGACAAGAGAACGACGAGGUCUCCAGCCUGGAUGCUUUUCUAGAUCUGAUCCGGAACCUGUUUCCAGAGAACCUGGUGCAGGCUUGUUUCCAGCAGAUCCAGACAGUUACCAAGAGGGUGGUAGUUGAAGUUCCCACAGAGGAACCUUCCAAUGUGACAGACUCGGCCUUCGCCCUGAUGAAUGACACGGUGUCGGCCACAACAGAAGAGAUCAAGAAGAAGCUGGAGUAUAAAGAUGGCAUGAAUGUCCUGGGUGUAAUUGGUUUCUUCAUUGCCUUCGGUAUUGCGAUGGGAAAGAUGGGGGAGCAAGCCAGGCUCAUGGUGGAGUUUUUCAACAUCUUGAAUGAGAUAGUGAUGAAACUGGUGACAAUGAUUAUGUGGUACUCACCUUUGGGUAUUGCCUGCCUCAUCUGUGGGAAGAUUAUUGCCAUUAAAGACUUGGAGCUGGUUGCUAGACAACUGGGAAUGUACAUGGUGACCGUCAUCGUUGGCCUCAUUAUUCAUGGAGCCAUCUUCUUGCCGCUGAUCUACUUUGUAAUAACCAGGAAGAGCCCCUUCCCCUUCCUGGCUGGCAUCUUCCAGGCUUGGAUAACAGCUCUGGGCACAGCUUCCAGUGCUGGGACUCUACCCGUCACCUUCCGAUGCCUGGAGGAGAAUCUGGGUAUCGACAAGAGGGUGACAAGGUUUGUCCUUCCUGUUGGAGCCACGAUAAACAUGGAUGGCACUGCUCUGUAUGAGGCUGUGGCUGCCAUUUUUAUUGCACAGAUGAAUGGAGUGAUCCUGGAUGGUGGGCAGAUUGUUACAGUGAGCCUGACAGCCACAUUGGCUAGUGUCGGAGCAGCCAGCAUCCCCAGUGCUGGUCUGGUCACCAUGCUUCUGAUCCUGACGGCUGUAGGCCUUCCCACACAGGACAUCAGCCUGCUUGUUGCUGUAGAUUGGCUCUUGGACCGCAUGAGGACUUCUGUCAACGUUGUAGGCGAUUCCUUUGGUGCCGGUAUAGUCUACCAUCUGUCCAAGGCCGAACUGGAGAGUCUGGACAAGCAGCAUGCACAUCAAGACAUUGAAAUGACCAAGACACAAUCCAUUUAUGAUGACAUGAAGAAUCACAGGGAGAACAACUCCAACCAGUGCAUUUAUGCAGCUCACAAUUCUGUCGCAGUAGAUGACUGCAAGGUCACGCUGGCAAACAAUGGCAAAACUGCCGACUUAAACGCUGUAGUGGAAGAGCCACUGGACGGGUGAGAGAAAUGAGGAACCUCAGCUGAUCUUCAUGAAGACACUUAACAUACCGUUUACGACAUGACUGUCUCAUUACUAACCCAGCACAAACCCAUUUAUAGCCACACUACAGAGAAACCUUCGGACAUGGACUUCCAAUUUUAUGUACAUUGUGGGUGGGGAGACAAGGCCAACAUUGACUUGGUCCUGGGGGUACAGAGCGGGUGAGCGUAUGUCUCCUCGUAGGGACUCAGGUAAAAAACAUUUGUCGCCUUGGAAGGGCAACGUUCAGUGUUCUUACAUUCCGUUCUUUGGUCUCCUGUACGAGGUGAGAUGAUGUAGCCUUCAGUCUCUAGGAUCUCACGUCAUGAUAGUGUUACAUUUUAGCUCUACUUUUAUUGGAUACUCUGUGAAUAUUCCUUGUCCCUAUUGGCUGCUGCUGCUGCAUUCUGAGUUCCGUGACUCACAAUUGGUGCAAACUCAGUGCAUUGUUGGUGAAGCUACAAGAUGGAGACGUAGUUGCACCAGCAACGCACUGAAGCUGUCGUCAUGGAAAUGUGGAUUCAUCUUUGACUAGAUAUGUCGGUGAUGUAGUUGGUUUUAGAGUUAUGUACAAAUUAGGAUUUUCUUAUUCUUUCAGGGAAUUCAAGACAAAUAGAUUUUCCUAAAAAAAAAACAUAACCCAUGUGGCUAUAAACGUUUCUUAGGAUGAAUAGAUAGUUCAGUCUCUGUUAGCCGACAUUAGGAGGUGAUUUUCAAGUGUCAAUAGUGUAAAUACUAGGUAGGCCAUGAGAGAGAGAGGCAGUUGGUGAAUAAAAUCAAUGGCGGCCUUCUAGACGUAGACACCCCAACACUCCACUGACAAAUGAGGCUCUAAGGUCUGAAUUAGAGGCCUCUGUGGAUAAUAAAAGAAAGCCUCAGCCUCUCAGUGUUUACAAGCUAAGACGUCCUGGAGACAGUUGCCAUGACGAUUCUGUCCUACCUGACUUCCUGUUUGUACACAGACCUUAGAAAUUAUGCUGUAUUCAAUACUUAAACAUUACAGCCCUAACCACAUUGUGAAAUGACCUCAGCACACACACAACCCCACGUUCCUUCCCAUGUCCCUAUUAAAAAGGAAAUGCCGCCUGCCACUGCCAGUUUUUCUCAUAGCGACCCUGCGUCGGUCCAUGCAGUUUGUUUACCAUGUGGAACAGUUUGUGGGGGGGGGUCAGAUCCCCUAACCCCUGUUGUUACUGAGUUUAAAAUGAGCACAGAGAGAAACCACUGAAACAUUUGGAAAUGCUUUUAGCAGACAAAUAAACAAGUAGUAGGGGAAUUCCUCCUAUUCAACAGAAUAAUUGACUUUAAAGAGAAAAUUAGAAUCUGAAUGCUACAGCUAGUGGGCACUGGCAGGUUCAUCAGAGGCAUCUUCAUCAUGUAGAUUACAUUUUUCUUCUAAAUAUAUAUAUAUAUAUAUAUAUAUGUGCAUGAGUCAGGGCCCUUUACACCCUGGGAUCCCCACAACCAUUGCAGGGUCUGCUUCCCCUUUACAGCCCUGUGAUCUCCACAGUCAUUGCAGGAUCUGCUCACCCUUUACACCCCUGAGAUCCCCACAACCAUUGCAGGGUCUGCUUCCGCUUUACACUCCUGGGAUGGCCUAAGCCUUUACAGGGUUAGUCUGCUUACCCCCCCCUUUUUUUUUUAAAGAAAUACUUAUCCUUUAAAACAUGC